GUUUAAAGAAACCUCCAGAUCCUUUUCCAAUGAAUGCCUUGGUACCACCAGACCUGUAGUAGCUAUGGAUUCAUCAGAUUUUGCACUGGAUAUUCGCAUGCCGGGGGUCACACCUAAACAGUCCGAUACGUACUUCUGCAUGUCGAUGCGUUUGCCAAUGGAUGAGGAAGCCUUUGUGAUUGACUUCAAACCUCGUGCCAGCAUGGAUACUGUCCAUCACAUGUUACUUUUUGGAUGCAAUAUGCCUUCAUCCACUGGAAGUUACUGGUUUUGUGAUGAAGGAACUUGUGCAGAUAAAGCCAAUAUUCUGUAUGCCUGGGCAAGAAAUGCUCCCCCUACCCGGCUCCCCAAAGGUGUGGGAUUCCGAGUUGGAGGAGAGACUGGGAGUAAGUACUUCGUUCUGCAGGUGCACUAUGGCGACAUCAGCGCUUUCAGAGAUAACCACAAGGACUGUUCGGGCGUGUCCUUACACCUCACACGUCUGCCACAGCCUCUAACUGCCGGCAUGUACCUGAUGAUGUCUGUGGACACGGUUAUCCCCGCAGGAGAGAAAGUGGUGAAUUCUGACAUUUCAUGCCAUUAUAAAAAUUACCCAAUGCAUGUCUUUGCCUAUAGAGUUCACACUCAUCACUUAGGCAAGGUGGUGAGUGGAUACAGGGUAAGAGAUGGGCAGUGGACACUGAUUGGACGCCAGAGCCCCCAGCUGCCACAGGCCUUCUAUCCUGUGGAACACCCAGUCGAUGUUAGUUUUGGUGACAUACUUGCAGCCAGAUGCGUAUUCACUGGAGAGGGAAGGACAGAAGCCACGCACAUCGGUGGCACAUCUAGUGAUGAAAUGUGCAACUUAUACAUUAUGUAUUACAUGGAAGCCAAGCAUGCGGUUUCCUUCAUGACCUGUACACAGAACGUAGCUGCAGACAUGUUCCGAAGCAUACCUCCGGAGGCCAAUAUUCCGAUUCCCGUGAAGCCUGAUAUGCUUAUGAUGCAUGGACACCACAAAGAAACAGAAGACAAAGAUAAGACUGCUUUACUACGGCAGCCCAAACAGGAAGAAGGAGACGUGAUUGAUGAGGGUGAUUUCUAUUCACUACUUUCCAAGCUACUAGGAGAAAGGGAAGAUGUUGUCCGUGUGCACAAGUAUAAUCCCACAGAAAAGGCAGAAUCAGAGUCAGACCUGGUAGCUGAGAUUGCAAAUGUAGUCCAAAAAAAGGAUCUUGGUCGAUCUGAUGCCAGAGAGGGUGCAGAACGUGAGGAGAGGGGCAGUGCUAUUCUUGUGAGAGACAGAAUUCACAAAUUCCACAGACUAGAAUCUACUCUGAGGCCAGCAGAGAGCAAAGGUUUCUCAUUCCAGCAGCCUCUACCUGGUGAAGGCACCUGGGAACCAGAUCACACAGGAGAUUUCCAUGUAGAAGAAGUACUGAGUUGGCCAGGAAUGUACUUGUUACCAGUCCAAGUUUCUGGGGUAGCCCUGGACCUUAACAAUAACCUGGUGAUUUUCCACAGAGGCGAUCAUGUCUGGGAUGGCAACUCUUUUGACAGUAAGUUUGUUUACCAGCAAAGAGGACUUGGACCGAUUGAAGAAGACACCAUUCUUGUCGUAGAUCCAAAAACUGCUGCCGUGCUUCAGUCCAGUGGGAAAAACCUGUUUUACUUGCCACAUGGCUUAAGUGUAGAUAAAGAUGGGAAUUACUGGGUCACAGAUGUGGCUCUCCACCAGGUGUUCAAACUGGAUCCACAAGGCAAAGAAGGCCCUCUCUUAACUCUGGGAAGGAGCAUGCAACCAGGCAGUGACCAGAAUCACUUCUGCCAGCCCACCGACGUGGCUGUGGACCCGGGCACUGGCGCCAUCUACGUGUCAGACGGGUACUGCAACAGUCGGAUUGUGCAGUUUUCACCCGCUGGGAAGUUUGUCACACAGUGGGGCGAAGAGUCUUCAGGGAGCAACCCUAAACCGGGUCAGUUCCGUGUCCCACACAGCUUAGCCCUCGUGCCUCACCUGGGCCAGUUAUGUGUGGCGGACAGAGAGAACGGUCGGAUCCAGUGCUUUAAAACUGACACUAAAGAAUUUCUGAGAGAGAUUAAGCACGAAUCAUUUGGAAGAAAUGUGUUUGCAAUUUCAUAUGCAUCAGGCUUGCUCUUCGCGGUGAAUGGGAAGCCUUACUUUGGGGACCAGCAACCACUUAUGGGAUUCGUGAUGAACUUUUCCAACGGAGCUAUCAUGGACGUCUUCACACCGAUGCGCAAGGACUUUGACAUGCCUCAUGAUCUCGUUGCAUCUGAAGAUGGAAGCGUGUUCGUAGGAGAUAUUCAUGCCUACACCGUGUGGAAGUUCUCUUCGACUGAAAAAAUGAUGCAUCGAUCAGUUAAAAAAGCUGGCAUUGAGGUCCAGGAUAACAAAGAAGCCGAGGCAGUUGUUGAAACCAAAAUGGAGAACAAACCCACCUCAGAAUUGCAGAAGAUGCAAGAGAAACAGAAACUGAUCCAAGACCCGGGCUCGGGAGUGCCCGUGGUUCUCAUUACCACCCUUCUGGUUAUCCCGGGGGCUGUCCUGCUGGCCAUCGCCAUAUUUAUUCGGUGGAAAAAAUCAAGGGCCUUUGGAGAUUCUGAACACAAACUUGAGGCGAGUUCUGGAAGAGUUCUGGGAAGAUUUAGAGGAAAGGGAAGUAGAGGUUUAAACCUCGGAAAUUUCUUCGCAAGCCGGAAGGGCUACAGUCGGAAAGGGUUUGACCGCCUUAGCACAGAGGGAAGUGACCACGAGAAAGAUGAGGACGAUGGCAGUGAAUCAGAAGAGGAGUAUUCAGCACCCCUGCCCACGCCGGCACCUUCUUCCUCUUAAAAACCAGGCUUUGAUUUAGGUUGGGUGAGAUUUACCAAGAAUGCCAGAUUCCUCUCCCUUUAGCACGUUUAAAGUUUUGUGUAUUUAAUUGUAAACCGUCCUAGUCUAUGUGGGACUAUACACACUUUUUUUCUUGGUUUUGGUUAAGUUGGCUUCAGUUUCUACUUGCAGAGUUUCCUAGAAGUUCCUAUCAGUGCCGUUGCCUUUCCAUGAACGUAAAAGAAGCAGUCGUCCUCUUCCGUCCUAGGCCAGUCUCCUCCUGGAAGGUUUGCUCGUGGCGCCGUUGAGACUGUCCUGUGAUAUAAAUAGCCCCGCUCUCUGCUUGAUCACAGCACUUCCCCGGCCCCACGUCCAUCGCAGUGCUUUCUUUGGUGCCUUUCCUCUUCAGCAUUCUCAGCCUGUGGCAGUAAAGAGAAACUUUGUGCUACAAGAAGGCAAAGCUGCUAAAUCUCCUAUUUUUUUAAAAUCACUAACAUUAUAUUGCAAUGAGGGAAAGAAAAAAAGCCUCUAUUUAAAAUUGUUUCUUUUUUUUUUUUUUUUUCCAAUUUUCUUCUUUGGUUGGUGUGUUUCUGGGAUGUCUUAUUUUUAGAUGGUUACACUGUUAGAACACUAUUUUCAGAAUCUGAAUGUAAUUUGUGUAAUAAAGUGUUUUCAGAGCAUUAGCUGUCAGAGUGUAUUUUGCAAUUUUUGCAUAUUUGCAGGGUUUUGUAUACAACUUUUGUAAUAACUACACAAACCACAAGUGGAGUGCAACUUACUCAAUGUCUUCAACCAAAACAAAUGUGUUAUAUUGUAUGAAAUUUAGAAGAUAUUUUGUUAUGCAGUCAAUUUAAGUUAAAAACCAGCCUAAGAGUUUACAUACAUAUGUAAAAACCAGAAUAUCUUUUAAAAUUCAAGGAGGGUUUUUGCCUGUAUAUCAAUCAGAAGUUAAAUGCUUUAAUAAAAGGUGAUCAUAGCUAA